UGUUUUCGGAUUUUCUUUGACAAUUCAACCAUUAUCUACAGUUAAAACAUAAACAUAACUGAAUAUGGACUCAAAAGGAAGAACUACACCAACCCAUGUAUAUCAACAAUUGGAACCCUCAAUCGAGUGGGUAAAUGAGGACGAUUGCAACACUCUUCUUGUUUAUCUCCCCGGUUUCACAAAGGAACAACUGAGGGUUCAAUUAAGAUCAAAGACGUUGAUCAUCAGCGGUGAACGUAAACUCCAUGACAACGCAUGGAUUCGAUUCCGGAAAGAAUUUAUUGCUUCAGAACAAUGUGUUAUCAGCAAAAUAAGUGCGAAAUUUGAAGGCAGCAUAUUGUUUGUUAAGCAGCCAAAAUCCGUCGCCCCAAUGGCGGAAGAAGAAGGAAAACCCCCCAUCGAAGCUCCUGCUCCAAAACCAGAGAAACCAAUUGACGAAACAAAAAAGCAUCAGAAAAGAACCCGAGUUGAACACGAUACCAAACCCACUUCCACGACAGAGUCAAAUGACAGAAAUGGUGUUGGUCAGAACGCGAAAAAAGAUUCUGAGAAGAACGUAGAGUUGAAGGAACAGAAAGGUGUUUGUGAAAAUGCGUCAGAGAAGAAGGUGAGUGAUUUGGGUUUUGUGAUGAAGAUGAAACCAUCGAAGAAUGUAGUGAAUUUGAUUUUGGUGCUUGUGGUGGGAUUAUUGGUGGGUGUUUAUUGCUCCGAAGCAAUCAAGUCUUGCAACGCUUGAGAAUAUGUGAAAGUUUUACUUAUUAACUUGUAAAAUUGUGAAUUAAUUUGAGUGAAAUUAAUAAAGAGUUCUUGAUUUCGAUUUUUUAAA